AUGAUGCAUCAUGACCUCCUGGUUUUUUUUUUUCUGUUAAUAGGAUCCAUUUUUACACUAAAAGUUCAAGUAAAUGACAUCAUCAGUCAUCAAUACCUGCAACAAGCGGUUGUAGAAGUGUUUGUUAACUACACGAAGACAAAUUCUACUCUUACUGGAAAUAAUGGAGCAGUAUUAAUAAAAGUUCCCUACAAAUUAGGAUUAAGCUUAACUAUCGUAUCAUACAAGGAUGGCUACAUGUUAACACCUUUGCCUUGGAAGACUGGGAGAAUGCCAAUAUACUCAUCUGUGACGCUUUCGUUAUUCCCACAAAGUCAAGCUAAUAUAUGGCUGUUUGAAGAUACUGUCCUAAUUACUGGAAAACUGUCUGAUGCCAAAUCUCAACCAAGUGUUCAGUUUCCCAAAUUUUUAAUAAAGCUUCCAACAAAUCACCAUAUUACAAAUGUUACAGCCUAUCUGACAGUGCCAGAGCAAUUUUUGAAAGUGGACAGCUUUCUCUAUACAACAGGAGUUCUUCUAAAUAAAUCAGGUUUCAAGAGCAUGGAAUUGACUCCUCUUGCCGCAAUAUGCGUAAAUGUUCUUUUGACUGGGAAAGAGCUGAAGGUAAAUGGUCCCAUUCAGAUUACACUUCCUCUUCCCACGAGUACUGUAAAAUCAGGAGAUGCUAUACCUGCGUGGACAUUCGAUAUGAAAACUGGUGCUUGGGUAAGCCGUGGGCUAGGAAUGGUAAAGGAAGCAGACGGUCAAUUAGUAUGGACAUACACUGCUCAACACUUGGGCUACUGGAUAGCAGCUCCGCUGCCUGGAACAAGAGAAUCCAUUAUUAGUGCGGUUUCCAAGGACAUAACAGCUUAUCACACAGUGUUCCUUACGGCCAUAUUGGGAGGUACUGUUGUCAUUAUCAUUGGAUUUUUUGCUGUUCUUCUUUGUUAUUGCAGGGAUAAAUGCGGUCGGACACAAAAGAAGGAGAAAAAUACAACUAAGCUGGAGGUCAUGAAAAAAGACCAGACAACAUCAACAACUCACAUAAAUCACAUCAGUGCUGUCAAAGGGUCUUUAAAGUUGGAGGAUAAGUCGCAGUUAUAUACACCGAAGAUUUCUUCAUACAGCCCUCAAAGAAGGAUGUCCGUAGACACGGAAGAUGGAAAAUCUCGAGACAAUUUUAAAAUCUACACAGAGGAUGCUUCUUAUCAGUCAUCCUGUCAGACUGGUCAGUCAAGAAAUUCAGCCCACUCACUGGAGCCUAACGCUGGAGUUAGGCACUUACAGCAGCCAAAGCAUAGUAACAGUACUAUUUCCCAGGCUCCUAGGGACAUUCAGGACCAAAACCGAUACCUUUCACUGAACAAGGAGAUGUAUGGGCUUUCCCAUAUCCCAGAACAUCUAAUGCAUAUUUACAAUCAACCUAUUGCUAUUCUUCAAACCUCUGACCUUUUCCACUCCCCGGAACAAUUGCAUCCUGCUAAAUCAGCAACUUUGCCAAGGAAAGGGCAGUUAGUAUAUAGCCCCAUGAUGGAACCCAUGAAUCGUGACACUUACAUGCAAACGUUACCGAAAAUGCCAGUGCACGCUCAUCCACAGCCUUCUGUCUGCAGAGAUGAAAACAGUACAUUAGAUAGUGAAGAGGGCUUACCUUCUCAAACAUCAAACUGGGGCCGCUACACUAAUAGCUUACUGGAAUCUGUCUCUGUUCCUGGGACAUUGAAUGAAGCAGUUGUAAUGACUCCGUUUUCAUCUGAACUUCAAGGUAUUUCGGAACAAACAUUAUUGGAACUCUCUAAAGGAAAACCAUCUCCACACCCUCGAGCAUGGUUUGUGUCCCUGGAUGGUAAGCCAAUUGCUCAAGUGAGGCAUUCUUUCAUAGAUCUGAAAAAGGGCAGAAAAACAGAGAGUAAUGAUACCAGUCUGGACUCUGGUGUGGAUAUGAAUGAGCAUCAUCCUAGUAGGAAACUGGAGAGAGAGAAAACUUUCAUAAAAAAUAUGCCACAUUCCAAGAUCCUUUACUUGGAAGAUCUGGAUCUGAGUAGCAGUGAAAGUGGGACCACUGUUUGUACUCCAGAGGACCAGGCUGUGAGGCACAUUCUGGAUGGAGGGAAUGGGCCAGUCAUAGAACAGCAAGAUGAAGAAGGUCUAAGAAGAAAACCUGUAUCAGGAAGUCAUGAAUCUGGUAUCCCUUCCCCUAAAAAAAGGGAUAGACCAUCUAUCACAAAAAGAGAUAGCAAAACCAAUAUCUGGAAGAAGAGAGAGGAGAGACCGCUUAUUCCUAUAAAUUAAAACACAAUGUGCUUUGUGUUGUUGCUCUCCCUGCUAGUUAUUGACCUCUUGGCUGCUUGUGUAAUUCUGCAGUAUUGGGUUUACAGGGGAAAUGUUGUUUUCUAGUAUCAUGAAGUUACUUUUUUU